AUGUCGCAGUCAUCGCGUCCAGAUAGCCCGGAUGAUCAAACGGCAAUGUAUAUUCGCAUCAAGCGUGAUAAGAUUACUUACUUUCUGACAUGUGUGCCAAGUGAGACAAUUUUACAAAUCAAGGAGAAGUUGCAAGAUCUCAUUGAUCAACCUGUUAAUGAUCAGCGCUUGAUACUAAUGCCAAAUAGGGAAGUGUUAGAUGAUUCAAAAUCAUUGGCAGAUCAGAAGGUUGAAAACGAUGCUGUUUUGGCCCUGACUCUGAGAAAAGAUGAUAAUGAAUUUGAAGACGUGAAUAUCACAAGACCAACUGAUUAUAACCCUUCCCCAGAUGGUGGUUCUAAUUGCUCAACUAAUGUAGUUGAGAACGUUCUGGGUUUAUCAAUUGUUUCAACAUCAAAUUGGUGCUAG